AUGCACAUCCCAUCCCCAUUCUUCCUCCUCCUCCUCACCGGCGCCCUCGCCAUGCCGAAAAUCGUCACCAUAACAUCAAUCAUCACGAUUCCUCUCCCAACAGCCACUCUCCCUCCAAUAUCUAUCCCAACGAACAUACCAGUGCCGAAUCCAGGCAAAGCAGUUAUCCCAGGCACCUCCACGGGAUCUACCUCUUACACAGAUGAGAAUAUUUUUCAACAGGAUGUACUCGCUGCGCAUAAUUUUUAUCGAAGACAGCAUAAUGCGAGUGCGCUGGUGUGGAAUGAUACUAGUGCGAAGGUGGCGGGGAGUUGGGUUAAGGGGUGUGCGUUUAAGCAUUCGAACGGCGCCCUAGGCGAAAACCUCGUCGCCGGCCCCCCCAACGCGACAUCCGCCAUCGACCUCUGGGGCCAAGAGCGACAGCUCUUUAACUUCAAAUCCGGCGGUUUCUCCGCCGAAACAGGACAUUUCACGCAGCUGGUCUGGAAAGACACUACAUCUGUCGGCUGUGCGGUUAAGAAUUGUAAGGGCUUGGGCUGGUAUACGGUUUGUGAGUAUUGGCCGAGAGGCAAUGUCGGGUUUCAGGGGGAGGACGAGGAUAGGUUUUAUAGGAGUAAUGUGCAGGGGCAGGUGCAGGGGGAUGAAGGGGAUACGGCUGUGGAAAAUGCGGCGGUGUUGGCUGCGGAGGGGACGAGUGGUGUUGCGGGGGUGGGAGGGACGACGACGAGUGGAAGUGCGGUUACGCCGACGGAGACGGGGAAGAGUGAGGGGGGAAGAACCACACCAACCCUCGGUCUUCUUGUAACGGUCACAAUAGCGAUGUUGUUACUCUGA